AUGGCGGAUUCUGUCCACGUCCUCAACAACUACUACCUCUCCAUCACGCUCCUCGUCACCAUCGCGUACCAGCUAUUCUUCUUCGCAAUCGCGUACAGCCUCAAGUUUGACAAAGUAACAGACUUCGCCGGAGGAACCAACUUCGUCGUCCUAGCCGUGCUCACGCUAGCGCUGAGCUGUACCCCCGACGCGCGGCAGAUCGUCGCCUCGGCGCUCGUCGCGGCGUGGGGCCUGCGGCUCUCGCUCUUCCUGCUGUACCGCGUGACGCGCACGGGCAAGGACGACCGCUUCGACGGCACGCGCGACCGCUUCCUCCCCUUCCUCGGCUUCUGGGCCUUCCAGAUGCUCUGGGUCUGGGCCGUCUCGCUGCCCCUCACCGUCCUCAACUCCCCCGCCGUCCGCGCGUACCAGCCGCAGGCGCUGCCGCCCUUCGGCACGGGCCGGGAUAUCGCCGGCGCGGUCCUGUUCGGGGUCGGGUUUGCUGUCGAGAGCGCGAGCGACGCGCAGAGGCUUGCGUUUCGGGCGAGGAACGACAGGGAAGCGGUUUGCGACGCCGGGUUCUUUGCUUGGUGUCGGCAUCCGAAUUACUUUGGCGAGAUACUUAUCCACUUCGUUGGGCAAGCAUCCAACGCGUUGUACGCUACUAUUUUGGGGCCCUGCUUCCUUACCAUCCUGCUCUUAUUCGUCUCGGGAUUGCCCCUCUCCGAGCGGCCUGGUGCCAAGAAGCGGUACGAGGAGGGCUUGAACUGGGAUGCGUAUCGACGGUAUUUAAAUCGCACUAGUAUACUUAUCCCAUUCCCGCCGCAGAUAUACGAGCGAGUACCUAUUUUCCUGAAGAGAACGGUAUUCCUCGAGUUUCCUAUGUAUGUGUUCGAUCCGGCCAAGCACUCGGAUGCCGUUCAGGACAGGCGUGCGGCAGAAGGAGAUGAUAGAAAUUCUUUGACAAACGGAGCGUAG